AUGAUUCCUUUUCAGCUCUCAUCUGCUGGUCUUUCAUAUGUCGAUCGGCUAUCAUCAAUGGAAUUCUUCACAUUCGUAGCUAGUGGAAAUAAGUAUAUGAUGCCACGUGCUCUUGCAGUUUUUCUUUCACCACGAGUUUUUAAAAUCCUCAAAGAAAACGCAACAAUUUCAUCCCUUUCAUUGAAAACUCCAGAUAACAACAAAGUGUUUAGUGAUAUAAUAAAGCUUGCUUCAGGAAAUCAGAUUUAUAUCACUGAGAAGAAUAUUGAUACAAUCAAAAGUUACGCAAAGGAGCUAGAAAACCAAGAAUUACUUGAAAUAUGCAACAAAAAGUUGCAUGAUCUUGUUUUUAAGUCUCAAGUCACUCUUGAAAAUGCAAUCCGUUCAAUUAAGUCAAAAGAAAAAGCCAACAUGAACAUUGACAACGAUGUUUCUUUUAUUUCAUUAAACUUUUUCGAUUUUGAUGAAAAAUAA